AUGGACGAGUCGCGCAACCGCUGCGUAUCACCGCAGCCGCCGGCGCCUCCCGUCUCGAUCCGUCGCAAUCCGUUAGAUCGAACGGCAGCCACUGAGUCGAAUCAUACGGCUGCUUGCAUCGCGUGUUCGCCGUGCGACAUUGAUCGGCUGCCAGAUGUCAUCUUGCUGAGCAUCAUCCGCGUCAUCAGUAGCAGCAGCAGCGGCAGCAGCAGCGCCCCUUCUUUGACCACCAGCAGCCACAACAGCGAAGCCGUUGAUGGACCGGCGACGACAGGCAUCGAUGCAAAUGGCAGUACUACUAGCAGCCGCGGCUCUCCAUCAACAGAGCCGUGCCCUAACGCCAUGACCAUCACCACCCGCGAUCGCUGGGGCUAUAAGCAACAGCAGCAGCUGCCAUGUAAAGACCCCACAUGCUCCUGCCGCAAGGCAAAUAGCACCGACGUCUCCCCCACCCCGCCGCUGCUCACGUGCGCGCUAGUCUGCCGCCGCUGGCUGCGCCUCUCUGAGAGUCUCCCGCGCGCCAUCACUGUUUCCCCGGGCCUGCUAUUACACCCCCGCUCCCUCCUGCGUACGCUCUCCGCCUUCCCCCACCUGCGCUCCCUCACGCUACACGGGGACUCUUGCCGAAGCAUCAGCAGCAGCAGCAGAGGGACCGUCAGUGAUUGGCUCAUCGCUCGCCUGGCAGCGCUGCUGCAGCUGACGUCACUGUCGCUCGUUGGCGUUGCGGCAAUCCCGAGGCUCUCCCCCUUGGCGCCCUCCCUACUGUGCUUGGAAAUCCGUGGCGCAGGGGAGGGGGUGACGUGUCUCCCUGGAAAAUCUCUUGGGCAGCUGACGUGUCUGCAGGAGCUGGUUUUGAGGGACUGCUUGGCGCUGCGGCAGCUUCCAGAGUCGCUUGCCCUGCUGCCGUCCCUGCAGCGCAUUCGUGUAGAAAGAUGCUAUUCGGUGACGCUCGAUGCUUGGAGAACGCCCAGGGACGGCUGUGGGCUGGCAGCUGUGCGUUUUCAGGGGGAGGAUGGGGAACGUGGCGUGGGGGAAGGGCGAAGGAAGGGCAUUGAAUCUGACGAUGCUCAUAACGUGGUUGUUUCCAUGGUGUCGGGGGGUGAGAGUGAAGGGGGGGAUGUGGGGGCAAGCUAUGGGCAGCAACUGCCGCCUCAGUGGAGAAGGCGACAGCGGCGCCGACGUAAGAAGCUCCACCGCUGCCAAGAGAAGCAGCAGCAGCAGCAGCAGCAGCAGCAGCAGCCGUCACAGGUUGACAGUCAGAGUAAGCAGGGUGGUGGUGUCCCCACUGUCACGGCAGCAGUACAGCCGCGGCACCCCCUCUUCUCUUCCAAACUGCAACACCUCGAGCUUGCUGACGUGUCAGCCCUUCAGCACCUGCCACGUGGCAUCCUCCAGCACCACUCGCUCACGCGCCUCGUGCUGGACGGCUACUCAGGCUCCUCCUUUUCGGCUGGUUGCAGCAGUGCCUCCGAGUCAACCGAGUCAACCAGGUCAAUGCUCGAACCUCCCAUUCGCAUGCCCAGCCUGCAACAUCUGGUGCUGCGCAACCUUCCAAAACUUUCCCACCUGCCCGAAUGCCUUUCCCUGCCCGCCGCCUGCCCGUCCCUCACCAUCCUUUCCAUUGAGAACUGCCCGCGCUUCUCUUCCCUCCUCACUCCUCCUCCCAGCCUGCACACCUUAAAGCUUAACAAUCUUCCCAACCUGACUGUCAUCUGCGAUCCACUGCGUACUCACUGCCCAUCGCUCUCUGUACUCGUUAUAGAGCGAUGCGCCAACCUCCAUACCGUGCCGUGCUUCCCGUCGCGCAGCCUGUCCCACAUGGAGAUUCGCGACCUCCCAAACCUCACAGCGCUCACAGGCCCUUCCUCACUCCUCAACCCCUCCUCCUCCUCCUCCUCCUCCUCCUCCUCCUCCUCCUCCUCCUCCUCCUCCUCCUCCUCCUCCUCCUCCUCCUCCUCCUCCUCCUCCUCCUCCUCCUCCUCCUCCUCCUCCUCCUCCUCCUCCUCCCCUCGCCUCUCCAUCCUUGCGAUUGACAACUGCCCUCUCCUUGCUACAAUCGCUAUAAAUGCUAUAAAUGUCCCUUUCGCCUUCAGAUUUCCAAGCCUGAGGGAGCUAUGGCUGCACGACCUUCCUCUGCUGCACGAGCUACCGCCCUCCUUCUCCUGCCUCUCCUCCCUGCACCGUCUGGUCAUCACGCGCUGCCAUGGGCUCAACUCGCUCCCUGACUGCCUUCCGGAGCUCCCCUUGCUGCGCGAUCUCGCCCUCGUAGUAAACCACAAUCUAACUAUCCCGAUAGAUUUCCUGCCGCAGCUGCACUCGGUGCGUCGCCUGGUGGUGCACCGGGGGCGUGAGAACAAGAACAAGUCCAUCAUCGCGCAUCGGGGGAGAGUGAGGCCACAGUUUGCGCUGCCCCCGCGGGUGCAAGAGCUUCACACAGAUGACUUUGGCAGUGAGGUGUUGCGCUUGCGUGAGCUGGAGAGACUGGAGGGCUUAUGUGCAGGAGGAGGAGCAUUGGGAGAAUCUCACGUCGCUGCAGCGGGUUGA